GGUGAGAGCUCCCUGCUGCAAACAAUCAACCAGCUUGGCGUGUUUGUGUGAUUUUAGUCAUACGCGUGUACUUUGCAGCUCUGACGUCCUGGCGAGAGAACAGAUGGAGCAUAUUUAAGAUGUAAUGGGAGAGGAUGUGUCGCCAUCUAGUGGAGUCAUAUUGAAACGCAGUGAGCUCACAUUGCUGUUUACUGUGGUGAUGCUCUCGCAUGCCAUAUCUUCAUGAAACAACUAUUCUUCAAUCAACUGGAAACUGGAACAUUGACGUGCAAGAUCGACAACAUAUCAGUUGUGCACUGCAUGCACGGCCUGUGACGUCAUCACCCGGCGUCUUUAUUUACUUCUGGCCCGGUAAUCGAGAUGGAAGUAAACAGGGAUGAAGCAGAUCGUUGCAUUGAAAUCGCAACGGCGGCGUUGUCAAACCAUGAAACGGAGAAAGCUCGACGGUUUCUGGAGAAGGCGCAGAGACUCUUCCCGACGAAUAAAGGAAAGAUGCUGCUGGACAUGAUAGCCAAGAAUGGAUUCACGCCGGGACAUACAGGCCACCAAGGGUCCAAUGGAGAGGCCAGAUACAGGCACCAGGCCUCCGGAGAGGAGAAGAAACAACCUGAAGCAGCCAAACCCUACACUUCAGACCAGUUGGAGGCUGUGAAGAGGAUAAAACAGUGCAAAGACUUCUAUGAAAUACUGGGGGUUCUGAAAGAGGCUCCACAAGAUGAACUGAAAAGAGCAUAUAAGAAACUUGCUUUGAGAUUCCACCCGGACAAAAACCACGCUCCAGGUGCAACAGAAGCUUUCAAAGCUAUAGGGAAUGCCUACGCGGUUCUGAGCAACGUUGGCAAACGGAGACAAUAUGAUCAGUGUGAGGAGGAGAGGGGGGACCCCACAGACCCCGGGCCAGAAAACGGACCCUUCCAGGCGGACAUAUCCCCCGAGGACCUCUUCAAUAUGUUCUUUGGAGGAGUCUACCCAUCAAGUAACACGCCAGUGUACACCAAUGGGAGGAUGCGCAAUCAGAGACCCGAGAGAAGGGAACGGCAGCGAGAAGGAGGCCUUGCUCUCUUUGUCCAGGUCAUGCCCAUCCUUAUCCUGGUCAUAGUGUCAGCCCUCAGUCAGAUGAUGGUCACCAACCCCCCCUACAGCCUCAGCUUCAGACCCUCCUCGGGCCACACGCACAAGAGACUGACAGAGACCCUGAAGGUGGCGUACUAUGUGGGCGACCACUUCACAAGGGACAACAGCUUGGCCAAACUGAAGAGCGUGGAGCGUGCAGUUGAGGAGGACUUUGUCUCCAAUCUGCGCAACAACUGCUGGAAGGAGAAGCAGCAGAAAGAGGGCAUGCUCUACCGCGCCCGCUACUUCGGAGACAACGAUCUGUACCAAAGAGCCCAGAAGGCCCGCACGCCAAGCUGUGCCAAGCUGUCCGAGAUCUCACCCGUGAUAAACGGCUGAAGCUUUACCUCACACUGCAAGGUUUAGAGAAUCAUCCCCACACGGCCGUCAGGCCGGUUGUACAUAGAUACCGUGCGACAUUCAGGAAAACCCAAGCACCCAACUCCACUCUGCUGCGAUACAGAACGGGCAUCUCUUUUACUUGAAGAAACACGGGAUGCUCAGGAAAAUAUCAAGUUAGAGCUGUGACUAAAAACCAGGAUGUUCACAAACACAUACAUACACACACACACACACACACACAAAACACACAUACACGUACACAAACACAUACACACACGUACACAAACACAUACACGUACACAAACACACAGACACACACACACACAUAAAUGGUCUUCCUGAGUUAGCAUGGGUUUUGGAUAAUCCUACAAAAUAACACAAUUAAUGUGCCAUAAAGCCAACUUUGUUUUUACCUCGCGGUUUGAACAGAGAAUGCCGAAUGAGACUUGCAUAAAUAGUUAGAAGAGUGGUUGCAAUUUCUGUAGCAAAGAGAAUAUAUUUCAAGCACCACAGUGAAUGCUUCCUCUUAGACGAUUCUACCCAUCAAGGUGUCAGCUUUGAGCUCCAUCGUUUCACACAUCCACGCUUUACGCAGAAACUAUGCAGGAAUAUGAUCUACCUUCUUUGACCACCUUGUCUAUUUAUUGUCCAGUCAGACAACUGUUUUUAUGUUAAUUUAUUCUGCAUGUUAGUCUCAUUGACCUGUAGCACACUUACAGUCUGUGUUUUUUAAGUGUGAAAGCCUUUGAUAAUCGAGCUGUCAAAGUUUGAUUAGGACAACCCUCAGCCGUAGCGGUGUGUGUCUUUUAUUUUAUGAAUGUAUUUAUUUUAAAAUCCGGCAAAUUAAAUUAGAAAAAUAAGGGAAGAAAAAUAACUACUGAAAGCCAUUGCUCACUGUCGCACCUUGUUUUUACUCCCGAAUGAAUACAAAAGAGAAGAAAUAAACUUGGUUGG